AUGCACCUGUCAGUGGCCAACUCGACACCUCAGUCGUCUGCCAAGCGAUUUCGCACACGCUUUACCAGUAGCUCUAAUAUGGCGGACGCUUUGACUUCAGCAUUCUUGCACUUGCAAAUGUCAGGCUAUACUUACGCCAUAGCAUUAGCAGUUGCAUUGUAUGACUACGGUGAAUUUAUUCUUCUUAACUGCCAGUGCUUUGUCUGGACGAAGAGGUCGAAAUCUUCUGGGUGUGUAGAUUGUCUUUGUCUAGGCGUCUUAUCCAUCACUGAUGGCACACCCUUGCCGAAAAAGCUCUCUAAGCAACUAUCAUCAGCGGCUUUACUUUACGGCAGUGUGAGACUGCAUUUCUGUGACCUGCGCUAUGGUGGCCUAAUUUGUGCCAUACGUUACGGGACUUGGGUGAUAGGCGAAAUAACUCUACUUGCUCCCCUUGCCGCAUUACAAUUGGAACAAGUGUUGAUGAUUAUCUUGUUGAUCGUCUUGUUCCGUGGAAUACCCAUCGUGGAAACUACCAUGCUGUACUUCCAUGCAUGCGACUUUGGCAUUACACGACUAAAUCUCCCUAAAUGGGUCAUGUCUGUAACAAAGUUGACCUUCGUGCUUUUCCAAACCAUAUUUCUCAUGUUGACGCUAUCAUGCUACGCCACGUAUCUCAAAGAGACUCGACAGCGGCAUACCUGGAAGUUGUGGACCGGAGAUGACUUACGUGUCGUUCUCAUAAGGGACAACGCAGUCUUCUUUCUCGUAUCUUCUGUGCCUAUGAUUUUCGGCGCAAUUCUAUGGGCCGACCCAGGCCUCAAUGAGGUAACCCCUGCUACAUCGCUUUCAUCCGAAUGCUCUGCUAACCGUGCAUGUAUAGUAUCCUGCAAUGGGGUUGAACGUGGUCAGCGUGAUACUACAGCAAAUCUGUAG